GUAAUGCCACUUCAUUUUGUUUUACUUACCAACGUACUUAUACUGUGAAAAUUGGAGUUAAAAAUUAGUUUUAUAUCAUAAAAGGUAUAAAAAGAAAUGUCGGCAAAUCAAACUCUCGCUUACUUUACAGGGAAUGGGACCUACAAAGAAAUAAACCCCAUCCUCUCUAAAGUGGGAGAUUUCACAAAGUUCUACGUAGUCAUUGCCAUCUGCUCUGUUUUUCUCGGACUGCUUAUAAUACUGAACGUUGUGUGCUGCUGUUCAAGAUAUUCUGAAUACUGGCUGGAUAGACAUACAGGGAACCGCUGGAUAGUGUCGAUAUGGUCAGCGACACCACACAAGCAGCCACCCUUGGACUUCACAGAACUUGAAAGUCAGUACCAGUAUGUUCAGUAUUCCUACCCUGAAGACCGCACAGAGUAUCGCGAGGUCCCUGCCUCAGUUUCAAGGCAGCCUUUGACAGCAUCACAGGAAUAUCUUGAACUACAUAAAAGAGAGAGCGACAUAUAA